GCACGUGCACACACCAGAUCAGCGCCCCACUUGGCGAAAUCAACAGUCCCAACUACCCGGACGCCUACCCGAGCAGAAAGGACUGCGCCUGGCUCUUUACCACCACUCCGGGGCACCGGCUCAAACUGAUCUUCAACGACUUUGAGCUGGAGCCGCACCAGGAGUGCGCGUACGACCACAUCUCCCUGUACGACGGCGACAGCACAGACGCCCCGACGCUGGGUCGCUUCUGCGGGGCCAAGGUGCCCCACCCCAUACUCUCCACCACCAACCGCAUGUACAUGGUGUUCAAGAGCGACGCCUCCGUGCAGCGCAAGGGCUUCAAGGCGUCCCACUCGACGGCCUGCGGAGGGCGGCUGCUGGCGACCGGGCGCACCGUGGAGCACCUCUACUCCCACGCCAAGUACGGCGACCAGAACUACGAGAACCGCGAGGACUGCGACUGGCUCGUCGAGGCCGAGUCCGGUCGCGUGCGCCUGCGCUUCCUCACUUUCGAGUUGGAGCACGAGCAGGACUGCGGCUACGACUUCGUUCAGCUCUUCGACGGCUACGACGACUCGGCUCCCCAACUGGGGAAGUUCUGCGGGAAUAAGAUGCCUGGCGAGUUCACGUCCAGUUCGGGCUCCCUGCUGCUUCGCUUCCGCUCGGACGACAACAUCAACGCCAAGGGCUUCUCGGCCGCCUACUCGGCCGUGGACACCGUCGAGUCCGGCCAGCAGCACGCCCUCGCGGCGCCGCCGUUCGCGGCCGGCGCUUCCGGCUCGUUCUCCGAAGUGCGCGCACCGCACCACCGGGAACGAAAGCUCAGACUGCACCGCCACUGAGGCACGCGCAUCGGCACCACCACAGCCAGCGAGCCACACACACACUCCACCAUCACCCCCGCCCUGUUAUGCUGUCUGGACGCCGCCUUGUUUUCUUCCUUUAUUCUUCUUCUUGUUCUUUAGUUCACCACCCGCGAAUGUGCGUCCAGCGCGUGUGCGGACUAUACAGUGUACCGUGAUCGGCGCGGGAAUCCUGGGGGCGCGCCGCAGCCCUUUGUCCCCCGAUGAAAGGCGUUGUAUCUGUUAGGCUCGUGAGCAUUGCGGGAAAGCGUGCAUGCGGUUGAAUGCCGCUUUCCGUCCGCAGCGGUGAUGGGAAGCCUUCCUUGCCCUCGGUGACGCAAGGCUGACUCUUCCUGUGAUGCUUGUUAGAUGUUUAUAUUUUUUUUUUCGUCGAUCGCUCGCGAAUCUUUAUAUCUACUUGCCGCACGUAUGCUUUGCUUGAGAGCACCUUGAAGUGUGUUUCCGUAAGUAGUGCAGCAACGGAGCUGUCAGCAGCCGUCGCUCUUUUACACGCGAUUGGUUCGAAGUUUGUUCACGAUUGAAGGUCCCGCAGUACCGCCUGUAGUGAAGGCUCGAUGAAUAAUAUCACUCGGUCGGAGAGGUAGGCAUUCUGCACAGCUCGACAAGGCAGCUUUGUUGUUGUUGUUUUUAUUUUCUGUGUGUGCACGCGCUCGUGUGUUUCCCAGGGUGCUUUCUCUUUUUUUUCGCAUUUUUCUUUCGAUGUGUUUAGCGCGAGGUUUUCGCUGGGUAAUUGCGCCGAUACAAUUGAUGUGAUGUCGAGAAUAUUUGCAGCUUGCGCCGUUAAGCUUGGACAUGUACGUCGAGAGAGCUUUUCUAACAAGUAUCACAAACAAAUGCGCACUGAUGACACAUUUACACUUACGCUUGCUCGCUUUGAAUUUUCUUUGUGGAGAUUAAGUUCGUUUUCACUUGCACUCCCGUUCUUGUGGCGAACAGAGCGCGCGUUUCUGUCUAGCAGAAUAUUUGGCAUGCUCUGUCAGGCAGCGAAUGAACUUCUGCGAGAGCUUCAUAUAAAAACAACCUUGCCGGCGCGAGCCUAUGUUUCAGCCACCGGGUCGCAUUUUUUAGCAAAUACUUCAGUAGCGCUGACCGAGUCACUCGAUCCGUCUUUGUCAUAUCUUUAUUAAGUAACAGUAGUCAAGUUGCGGGAAUACCAAUAAUGAUGUGACCAUACGGGUUGCGAAUAUCGACCGCAUGUGACCCAAAUUAUGGCUCUUAGAAGUAUUCGUCCACAAUUCCCUCCGAACGCGGGCGAGCACUCUGUUCUGCUGGAACCAUGCAGAAGAGUGUUUCAUGCGCACAAUAUCCGCGCAAUAAAUUUCUCAUCCGUCGCUUAAACGUCUACCUGUCGCCACGCCUGGCUGGGAUAGAAUUCUACAGUGAUUAGUUUACUGAGCGUUGUCGCAUAUACUGUAUAAAUAUAUUGUAUCCUAUUAUAUCCGUAGCACAUGCAUUGCGGUCGCGCUGAAUACAAAAGAAAAAUGUUGGAAAAAUUGCGUCCAAAAUGAGGAGAAGCUUACGGGACGCGCUGACUUUUUUGCGACAUGCACGCUCUUUCUCUAUCGUAUACCUUCUUGCUAACUGCAUGCACAAGGAGAUUAAGAGGAUGCUGCAGUGGAAACGAUGUUCUGAAAUUGAAGCCAGUCACCCUAUGAACUUGAGACCGCUAAUUGUUGCGGACAGAUACUACCCAACGUGUCUCUUCGUGUUAAUACUUUCCUUAAGAAGCCUCGAAGUCUUGGCAAAUUUUAUUGCAGAUCACAGGUCACCAAUACUCAGGGGGAUACAUUACUUUGAUCGGGAACAUCGAGCUCUUAUUUUAUAAUUUACCCAGUAUUUACGUAAGCAGAACAAAACCCCUUAAUCUAUCAUCGGGCAGCACACGAGAAGGCUACGUUUUUGAAGUAAAGUACGGGAGAAAGAUGGCUUCACAUUCCCUGUUAAAAUGUUGCAAGACCUUCCACUCCAGCAUUUUUUAAACCUCUUUGUAAAUGCCUAACGGCGGCAGUAAGAACCAUGAAACUUUCUUUCUUUCUUUC